AUGGCACCAAGAUCAAGCAAAGGGAAAUCGAACAGAUAUGGGAAAGGAGAGAAAAAGAAGAAAGAAGAGAAAGUGUUGCUGCCGAGUCUGGUGGAGAUCAAAGUCACGACUCCGUACGAGACCCAAGUGAUACUCAAGGGAGUUUCUACUGACAGAAUCAUUGAUGUCAGAAAGCUUUUGGGAUCUCACGUCGACACUUGCCAUUUCACCAACUAUUCUCUCUCGCAUCAGGUGAAAGGGCAUAAACUGAGUGACAAGAUCCAAGUGGUUUCCCUCAAGCCUUGUUUCCUCCGAAUGAUUCCAGAGGACUACCUUGAGGAAAGUCAAGCUUUGACUCAGGUACGGAGGGUCGUAGACAUCGUAGCGUGCACCAGCAGGUUCUUCCCCGCUUCCAAAUCUUCCACCAAAUCCAUCGCCGCCGCAAAUGGAAAUCCGGCGCCGGAGGGCCUGGGCUUGGUCGCUAUCCACCCCACGCCCAAGCUUUCUCACUUCUAUGACUUUUUCUCCAUUCCAAACCUCGCUCCUCCGAUUCUUCAUUUGAAGAAAGUCGACGGUGAUGAAGCUGGAGAGAUGCGUGAUGGCGACUAUUUUGGACUUAAGGUCAAGAUCUGCAAUGGGAAGAUUAUUCAUGUGAUUGCAUCGGUAAAAGGGUUCUUCGCCGUUGGGAAGCAGGUCCCACAUUGUCACUCCAUUGUUGAUUUGCUUCAGAAUGUCAGCAAUGCUUUCUUCAAUGCAUAUGAAUCUCUAAUGAAAGCUUUCACUGACCGGAAUAAGUUUGGCAACCUUCCGUAUGGAUUACGCACAAACACAUGGCUUGUACCUCCUUCUGUCUCUGAGUCUUCUUCUUCAACCUUCUCUGCUUUACCAGCAGAGGACGAAAGUUUGGGUGGGAAUGGUGGAGGCCAGGGGAGAAAUGGUGAAUAUGAUCUUCGUCCCUGGGCGACAGAGUUCUCUGUAUUAGCUAAGCUUCCUUGCAAGACCGAGGAGGAGAGAGUUAUUCGAGAUAAGAAAGCUUUUUUGCUUCAUAACCAGUUUGUCGAUGUCUCUGUUCGAAGAGCUGUUAGAGCCAUUUGCGACGUCAUUGAUACUACUAAUCAUCAGCUCACAAAUGGAAGUAGUGGCUCCCCUGCAGGCUCGAUCCUUCUUGAGGAUCGUGUUGGGGAUUUGUCUAUUGUUGUAAAACGUGAUAUAGCCAGCCUUGACCCAAAUCCUGAAGCUACAUUUCAAAACGAAGCAUUUGCUCUAUCAUCCAAGGAAAUUAGUGAAAGGAAUCUGCUCAAAGGGAUAACAGCUGACGAGAGUGUAAUUGUUCACGAUACUUCGGCUUUAGGCACAGUGAUUGUAAGACACUGUGGAUAUACAGCGGUGGUAAAUGUAAAGGGUGAUAUUAAAAAGGGAAUGACUAAUAUUGUGAUCGAUGACCUACCGGAUGGAGGAGCUAAUGCGCUUAACCUUAACAGCUUAAGGGUUCAGCUUCACAGACCCCAUAGUGUCGGAAAAUCUGGAGGGAACCAGCCUCCACAGUUUGAUUCGGAUAAUUUAGGGUCUUUUAGAUGUAUGGUACAGGACUUGGUAAAAACUAACAUAACGAAGUUAGAAGAGAAAAGGGAAUCUUCCGAAAGGCCCAUCAGAUGGGAGCUCGGAUCUUGCUGGGUUCAGCAUCUACAAAAGAAAGAAGUAGUAACGGAAAACGACUGUGGAAAGCCUGCAACGAAUGGUGAGACUGAACUUUCAGUUAAAGGUUUGGGAAAACAAUUUAAAGUUCUAAAGUGCAAAAACAAGAAAUCAGAAAAACCAAGUACUGUGAAGGAAAAGGAAGAAAAUACCAGUCUACGCGAGUUAGAUGGGCAGGCUGAACUGAAAGAACUGCUUUCUGAAGAAGCUUUCUCUCGCUUAAAAAAAAGUGGAACUGGUCUCCAUUUAAAGUCAAAAGCAGAGCUUACCAAGAUGCUGUAUGAAUACUAUGAUGAAAUUGCUUUGCCAAGGCUGGUAGCAGAUUUUGGGUCCCUGGAGCUUUCUCCAGUUGAUGGUCGCACAAUGACCGACUUCAUGCAUAUAAGAGGACUUCAAAUGCGUUCUCUAGGACAUGUGGCUAAACUUGCUGAGAACCUUCCUCAUAUACAGUCCCUCUGUAUUCAUGAGAUGAUAACGAGAAGUUUCAAGCAUCUUCUUAGGGCGGUUAUUGCAUCUGUCAAUGAUAUGGCAGAGCUACCUGGAGCAAUAGCUGCUUCAUUAAAUUUCAUGCUUGGCUUCCGUGGGCUGGAAGGGAGUGAUAUGAUCUCCAGUGAUGAGCAUUGUCUCAGAUUACAGUGGCUACAGAAAUUUCUCUUCAUAAAGUUUGGUUGGAUACAGAACGAUGAGUUCAAGCAUUUGAGAAAAGUUUCCAUUCUCCGAGGAGUUUGCCAGAAGGUUGGGUUAGAACUACUUCCAAGAGAUUAUGACUUCGAUUCUCCAAAUCCCUUUAAGAGCUCUGACGUUUUCGGCUUGGUACCUAUGUGCAAGGCAUUAGUCAAGAUGAUUGCUGUCUGUGGGCCUUGUCAUAGAAAUACUGCUUGUGCGUACAGCCUUCUCGCCGUUGUACUAUACCAUACUGGCGAUUUCAACGAGGCAACUAUAUAUCAGCACAAGGCUCUAGAUAUAAAUGAAAGAGAACUUGGUCUCGACCAUCCUGACACUAUGAAAAGCUAUGGGGAUCUUUCUGUAUUUUAUUAUCGUCUUCAGCACAUCGAAUUGGCACUAAAAUAUGUGAACCGUGCUUUGUGUCUUCUUCAUUUUACUUGUGGGCUAUUUCACCCGAAUACUGCUGCCACAUAUAUCAAUGUGGCAAUGAUGGAAGAAGGAGUAGGGAAUGUUAAUCUAGCUCUAAGAUACCUGCAUGAAGCUCUAAAGUGCAACAAAAAAUUGCUCGGAGCGGACCAUAUUCAGACAGCGGCAAGCUAUCAUGCAAUCGCCGUGGCUAUGUCUCUCAUGGAAGCAUUUUCCUUGAGUGUGCAACAUGAACAGACCACACUUCAGAUACUUACAGCAAAGCUUGGAUCAGAUGACAUUCGUACACAGGAUGCUGCUGCAUGGCUUGAGUAUUUUGAAACAAGAGCCAUAGAGCAGCAGGAAGCAGCCCGAAAUGGAAUCCCGAAGCCGGAUGCUUCCAUCGCGAGCAAAGGCCACCUUAGUGUAUCAGAUCUGAUGGACUAUAUAAGUUCUGAUCCAGACACUAAAGGAAGUGUUGUUCACAGGAAACAGCGCCGUGCCACGGUAUUCCAGGUCAAUGAUAGUGUUGCAUCAGUUGAUGAUGCCAGCCACAGCGUUGACUCACAGCAUGGCAUGGCUACAUGGAGCGACGACGUGGCAGAAACAAAUGUCCCUACGAGCGACAUGACCCAAGUAAAUGAUCCUUAUGCAGUUGUGAGUGAGGUCGAAACAGAGACAGAUGAUAUUAUAGCAGAUAGGCUAAAUGUGGAGAACCAAAUUGUGGAAGAGUCAACUUUAGAUGAGGGAUGGCAAGAGGCAUACUCAAAGGGGAGAUCCGGUAAUGGUGGAAGGAAAUUCAGACAAAGGCAGCCUCAUGAUACUUUGAAAAACAGAUUGUCGCUUGAUAGAAAUCUCAACGGGAGACAGGAUGUUGUUCAGCAAAAGUAUAAAUCUUCUUCUCCGCGGAAAACAACUUUGAGACCCUCCGUCUCUGCGUCAUCAUCCCUUAGGGCUCUGAAGAACGCAGAGAUAGAUGUCAGUACUAAUACAAUUAAGCCACUAUCAAAGGCUUCUGGUUCCUCUGCCGUGAUGAGUACUGCAUUGGCUUCAAAGUCUCUCUCAUACAAAGAGGUUGCUUUGGCGCCACCAGGUACAGUUCUGAAGCCAAUGUUUGAAAAAAUAGAACUGAAUUUGGAAAGAACUGAAACUCAGAUAUACAGGACUUCAAGUGCGUCAACUGGAGCAGAGAGCAAGUCCGACACUGUAAUGUCGGAUUUGGCAAUCCAAGGCACAGAGCAAGAAAGUGUUGAGUCAAUAGAAAAAUCAACGUCAGAGUCUGAAGGGGAUCUGGAGAAGGCUUCUGAUAUAAGCAGGAGAAAGCUGUCGGCGGCGGCAGAGCCCUACAAUCCUGGAGGAUUCUUGGUUGUUGACACGCAAACAACAGCAGCAACAACAGGAAACUCACUGAGUGUGGAUGCAGAGCCUAUUUCCGAGGCUGGAAUUGGAUGUGGGAUUCACUCACCACAAUAUUACGGUGCUAAUUACUCAAAUGGAGUUGGGAUGCCAAGAACCAUGAAUCCUGAUGCACCAGAGUUUGUUCCGAGGAGAUCCGUGCAUAAUGGCUCUAACCAUGAAGGUGGAGAUGCAAGUGUAUCCGUUGACUCCAAUGGUUGCCUAAAGGCUGAGAAAAACGAAGUAGCUUUGAAGAACCAAGAGCUUGCGAGGCAGAUUCUACUUAGCUUCAUAGUAAAGUCAGCCCAGAAGGAGGUUGUAGCUGCUCCGAGGAAGGAAACGAAGCCUAAAGAUGUGAUAGAAGAUACCUCUGCAAAGGAUAGAGCAGUAACAGAGAUAGUCCACAGAAGAGAAGAGGAGAGUAGAGCGAAAGAAAACGAGACGAAUGAAGGUGAAGGGUUUGUGAUUGUGGCAAAGAAGAGGAGGAGGAAGAACAAGCAGCGACUUACGAACGAUGCAGCUGGGAUGUACCAUCAACAACAGUCGUCGGUCUGUGCAUGA